AUGGCUGCAGCUUCAUUAACCAGAAUUCAAGGAUCUGUCAAGAGAAGAAUCUUGACCGACAUCUCAGUUGGCCUGACCCUCGGUUUCGGCUUUGCUUCCUACUGGUGGUGGGGAGUCCACAAGCCAACCGUAGCCCACAGAGAGAACUACUACAUUGAGUUGGCUAAGAAGAAGAAGGCCGAGGAAGCUUAA